AUGGAAAUUCCUGUCGUCGAUUUCUCGUCGUGGCACCAUUCCCCGGAUGGAGCAUCCAAACAACGCAUUGCGGGGGAGUUAGUGGACGCCUGCCGAAAGGUAGGGUUUGUCCGUAUUACAAACCACUCCCUAGCAGAAACGACUCUCGAUGAAGCGUUUGACUGGAUGAGACGGCUCUUUUCGCUUCCAGAAGAAGAGAAAAUGAAAGCUCCCCAUCCUGAAGGCUGGGCCGUGCAUCGCGGGUAUUCAUGGCCGGGAUUAGAAAAGGUCUCGCAAAUCAUGAGCACGGGACACGACGAUGAACUACGAAAGAAAAUGAGGGAGGUUCCUGAUGUCAAGGAAGUCUAUGAUAUCGGGAGUGAAAACGAUACCAUUCAACCAAACCAAUGGAUCCCCGAUACCACACUGCCUGGUUUCCGGGAAUUUAUGACCCGAUUUUACUGGGAAUGUGACAGAAUCGGCAAUGAGAUUCUGCGUGCUCUGGCCAUUGGGCUGAGUCUAGAAAGUGAAAACUACCUGACGGAGAAGCACUCGGGAAAUAACAAUCAACUACGUUUGCUGCAUUACCUACCAGUUCCUGCGGAAGACCUAGAGAACGAGCGAGUAGCUCGAUGCCCAGCUCACACUGAUUGGAGUUCCAUAACCAUGCUAUUCCAAGAUGACUGUGGGGGGUUGGAAGUCGAAGAUAUCUCGCGACUGGGCACAUUUGUUCCUGCCCCUCCAAUAAAAAACAGCAUUAUGAUGAAUGUGGGAGAUCUUCUCCAGAGAUGGAGUAACGGGAUAGACCGACUUCGUUCUACGAAUCACCGUGUUGGCGUUCCAGAGCUUUCAGGUCGAAUGACGCGUGAACGGUACUCGAUUCCUUACUUUAUGUCGCCGGACGAGGGUAUGGUUAUUGAAUGUAUACCGUCCUGCAUGAGCGACAAAGAGCCAGCAAAAUAUGAGCCUAUCACACAGGGUGAUUACAAUAAAAUGCGAAUGUCCAUGAUGUACGAGUCUGCUUGA